ACAACUGAUGAAUAUGAAAAUGAUGUCGGCUCUCAUGGCUCCAGCUGUGCCCGCCUUGUUCCUUCUGUCUAAACCAGCUCCGGACCUGAUUGAGGUAACGGUGGAUCCAGGAGAUGAUGUCACUCUACCAUGUCGGUCUAAUGAGUCCUCCAUCAGAGCUGUAGAGUGGAGCAGACCUGACCUGGACCCAGAUACCGUCCUCUUUUACAGAGAUGGACACCUGGAUCCAUCCAACCAGCAUCAAUCCUUUAAGGACAGGGUGGACCUGGUGGACAGAGACCUGAAGGACGGAGACGUGUCUUUAACUCUGAAGAAUGUGAACAUCAACGACACUGGAAUAUACGAGUGUCGAGUUGCAUCAGGUGGUUCAAGACGGAAAAAGAGAGACAUCAUCGACUCUGAGCCAAUCAGAAUCUUCCGUCUGGAGGUUACAGAGCCAGAAAAGGGGGGGCUGGUUGGGGGUCAUCUAAAUGUACGCAGCUUGGUAUCAAAACGUGAACAGAUUGAACAUUUAUUAUAUUAUUAUGAUGUUGAUUUUAUGGGUUUAUCUGAAACAUGGCUCAAAAGCUCCUCACCCGAAGCUGCUGUGUCACUACCAGACUACCAAACUUUUAGGAAGGAUAGGGAUCAAGAGAAGGGUGGGGGGGUUCUCAUAUAUGUUAAGAAUAACUUGAAAAGCAGUCUGAUCAAAUGGCCCAGUAACAUCACACUGGAAUGCGUUGGUGUAAAUAUCUCCCUUUCGAGAGAGAAGUCUCUGACAGCUAUCUGCAUCUAUCGCCCACCUAAGGCUAAGGUGGACUUCUAUGAACAGCUCGAUUCACUCCUUACAUCAUGUGAUCGUGAAAAAGAAAUCCUCCUUUUUGGAGAUUUUAAUGUUGAUUGGGACGAAGAAACAAAGAGAAAAAAUCUCAAGCGUAUAACAGAUUCCUUUAAACUCACUCAGAUGAUAGAACAACCUACCAGAAUCACACACCGCAAACCAACUAGAAUUGACUUAGUUUUCACCAACAAACCAGAAAGGAUUAUAAUAACCCAAAACCUGUUAAGAGGUCUCUCAGACCAUAAUGUAAUCUUUUUUUCUAGAGAGGUACAACGCUCAGAAAAUCCAUAUUAUACUUCAACCAACCCAGCUAGUCAUAUGACAAUUCCCAAGAACCAGUUUAAAAAUGUGGACAGAGCUUUGAAAGAAAUUAACAGGAUAAGCUUGAUGGGAUGCGAGGAUGUGGAAGCUGGUACUGACUUAUUUCUCUCAAAGGUUGAAGAGGUUAUCCUCUUUUUCUCCAGGAGGGGGCGCCAUGGGAGAGAGCAGUCCAACCCCCUCCCCUGGCUUACCCCUGCCU